ACCCCGCAUACGUAUAACUCGUCGACAAAUAUUUUCCUUCCUUUAAUCCCCAAUAUAAAACCCCACUUCGUGCCCUAAUUCGCAUCAAUUUCAGAUCUAGGCCAAGAAAUAAAGAAAUCGAAUUGAAGAAGGAAAUGGAUGCUCUAGAUUCAGUUUUCGAUCCACUCAGAGAUUUCGCCAAGGACAGCGUUCGUCUCGUCAAGCGAUGCCACAAGCCUGAUCGCAAAGAGUUCACGAAGGUAGCCACUCGGACAGCCAUCGGGUUCGUCGUGAUGGGAUUUGUUGGUUUCUUCGUCAAGUUAAUUUUCAUUCCGAUCAACAAUAUUAUUGUGGGCGCUGCUUGAGUUUUUUCCUAGGCUUUCAGCUAGAAUGAGAACCCUCGUCAACAAUCAGAUAGUGAUGAAGAUUGGUUGCUCAGAAUAUUAUUUGAUCGAUUUCAGUAUAUUGUAGAACUUCUUCCAAUCUUAUGCACGAUGUGUUUUUCUCUAUUGUGAACACUUCCAAUACAUGAUUAUACUGUUAAGUUUGUCUAUGUAUUUCGCUUCUACA